AUGUACCCCUCUCCUGAGGUUGAACAACAUAGUGAGAAGAAUGACGAUUCCUCCAGUUCUGAGAAGGACAUGGCUGCCGAAGGGUUGUGUUCUCUAGGGAAAACGGUGUCUAGUAAAGGAAAAUCUGUGGCAUCUAAAACUGCCAAUGCUUCCCACUCUAAGAAGCAUGGUGAUGCAAAAAAUGUGAUUGACCUAGAGGAUGAUAAGUCUGAUGAUCAAGAGGAUAACUUACUUCAUCAUUUAAAGCCAAGUGUGGCUAAGCGCAUGAAGACUCAAAAAGGAAUAUUUGUGGCUGAACUUAUGUCAGCUAGAAAAGCUAAGAAGACUGUUGGUAUUGGGCCCUCCAAAUCUUGGAGCAAGAAAACCACUGUGAGUAAGUCUCCUGUUAAAGUUAUUGUUGUGCAUUUGGAUAACAUCUCUUUCCAUCUUGAGGAUGGAGCUGCCAAGUGGAAAGUUGUGAUUCAAAGAAGGGUGGUUGUGGAAAGGGAGUUGGGAAAAGAUGCUGCUGAAGUCAAAGAGGUCAUGGACCUGAUAAAGGCUGUUGGGUUGUUGAAGACUGUGGUUGGGUUCUCUCAAUGCUAUAAGGGUUUAGUUAAGGAAUUCAUUGUCAACAUUCCUGAGGAUAUUGUUGAUAAGAAUAGCAAGGAAUUCUGCAAGGUGUUUGUGAGAGGUAAGUGUAUCACAUUCUCUCCCGCUGUUAUUAACAAUUUUCUGGGAAGAAAAAUUGAAGGUGCAGGUGAAUUAGAAGCUACAGACAAUGAGGUUUGUAGAGAGAUUACAGCUAGGCAGGUGAAAGGUUGGCCUAUUAAAAAGCAUCUUCCUGCUGGGAAGUUGACGGUCAAGUAUGCUAUAUUGCAUAAAAUAGGAGCUGCAAAUUGGGUGCCUACCAACCAUAUUUCCACCAUUGCUAAUACCCUUGGAAGGUUUAUUUUUGUUGUUGGAACCAAAGUGAAUUUUGACUAUGGUAGAGUUAUGUUUGAACAAAUCAUCAAGCAUGCAUCUACUAAUUCAGUUAAGCUGCCUAUUGCCUUUCCCUCAAUGAUUUGUGGGAUUAUCCUGAAUCAACACCCUGGGAUUCUGCGUCCUAAUGACUUACCUAGUAGAAAAACACCUGCUUUGUUGCUUACAGCUGAUUAUGUUGAUGCUUGGUGUGGACUAGCUGAAGGGGGAGGUGGUGUGUUCUGA